AUGGGCCAAGCGAACAUGAACCAUGUCAAGAUCGCCGUCAUUGGCAUCGGCCCUGCCGGCUUAACGGCGUUGAAGGCGCUCCGCGAAGAAGGCUUCGACGCCGUCGGCUUCGAGCGACGAGAUAGGGUCGGCGGGCUGUGGUCCUUUAAUCCGGAUACAAGCUACACCUCUGUUUUGGAGGGAACCGUGUCCAACAUCAGCAAGUUCGUCUCAGGCUUCAGUGACUUUCCCAUUCCCGACGACUAUCCAGCCUAUCUCUCGGGCGCAGAAGUCGCCAAGUACUUCCGGGCGUACGCGAAGCACUUCGAUCUCGAGAAGCACGUACGCUUCAACACCUCCGUCACCGCCGUUCUUCGGCACGAACACGAUGGAGGAUGGAACGUCCAUAUCACGGGCCCCGACGGGGACACGUCGGUCCUCUUCUUCGACAAGGUCGUCUUCGGCACCGGGUCCGAAUCCGUCGCCAAGUGGCCUUCGAUGCCGGGGAAGGAAAAGUUCAAAGGAAUGAUCCUUCACGGACAAAGCUACAGGAAUCCAGAGCAGUUCCGAGGGAAGAGAGUCUUGGUCGUCGGCAUCGGCAACACGGCCUGUGAGGUGUCCCUGAGCCUCACCAAGCACGCCUCGGGUGUCUACCAGGCCUAUCGCCGCGGACGCAUGAUCGUCUCGCGCUAUCUCGACGACGGCACCCCGACCGACAGCACAAUUCCUUGGCCGAUGCUCCGACUGAAAUAUCUCCUCGACGACAAGGUGCCGUGGCUCGUCAACCCCCUCGUCGACAAGUUCAUGGUUCGGAAGAUGAUCGCCGACGCCUCCCGCGAGGACCCGUCGGACGGCCGUCUAUCCCGCCGUGAGAGGCGGCGGCUGGCGAAGCGCAAGGCGACGAAGGAGUGGCGGCUGACGCCCUGCCCGAGCAUGGCGCACGAAAACCCGGCGGUGCAGGAACACUUUCUGCCCGCGCUCCUGUCGGGCGAGAUAACCCCGGUUCGGGGGUUCAAGGAUUUCGUCGGCAGCGACAAGGUCCUCCUCGACGGAGGCUCCAUCGUCGAGGUGGACGCCGUCAUCUUCUGCACCGGCUACACCCUCGAUUGGAGCAUCAUGCCCGAGCUGGACAUGGAUGGCGCCUGCGACAUGGCUUCGACGACGGCCGGCGAGGUGGAGGAGCAGAGGAGAGCGAGGGCUCGUGAUGAGGAUCCCGCCGCUCCGCCAAAGGGAAAAGAACAACCGCAUCUGCCGCGGCUCUAUCAGCUUGUAUUCCCGCCCCGGUACGCCUCAUCCGUCGCCUUCCUGAGCUGUUUGUCGCCGCAGGAGAGCGUCUGGUGCGUCUGCGAGCUCGCCUCGGUCGCCAUCGGUCAAAUCUGGGCGGCCGAGACGGCGAGAGACAUGCCGCUCGAGCAACCCCCGGCCGGCUACAGGAAGCCAGCGCUGCUCCCGUCCGUCGAGGAGAUGAACGAUCAGGUCGACCAGUACCACGCUUGGUGGCGGAAGCAGUGGAGACAAGACUCGUCGGUGCGCCAGGGGCUCGUUCGGUCCUAUCCGUUCUACAAGUUUAUGCAUUCCAUGGCGGGAACGGGCAUGUACGACAAUCUCGACCACCCGUUCACCGGCCGGGGCUGGUCGCUUCGGUGGAAGGACAAGGACGUGUACAGGUGGAUGUCCAAGGGCCCGAUGAACGGCUACGCCUGGCGUCUGUUUGACACCAACCCGCGGCGAAUCCCGGGAUGCGGCCGAAAGGCGUGGCCGGGGGCGAGAGAGGCCAUGCACGAGGCGUACGAAACCUUCCAGAGCUACAGGAGCAACAUGAAGGAUGAGGAGCGGCGAAGAAAGGUUCUAUUCGAGGACGAUGCCAAGGGUACCAGCGUCCUGACCGUCGCGGCCGUGGAGAAGGGGGAAGGCGGGUUGGAGCGACAGCCCAGCGUGCACAUCCCACCACCCUGA